UCGACGCAACGAGAGCUCAACUUUGUGCAAAGGCGGGAUAGUGAGCAGGUCUGAUCAAAUACGCAAGUCCUUGUCAGCGUUGGCGCCUCAUCGCUGCAUCAUCCUCAAAGCUCAGCGCACUUGAAGCUUAGAGCCGCCACCGUCGAGAGCGCCCGCACCACCCGUCCUCACGUGGCAGCGGGUCCGCGCUGCUGCUGAUGUCGAACGACUCGACAUCCGCGAGAGUCGCGCCUAGGGUUUUUUCGCUCCUCAUCCUUCAUCGCCUCACAAAUCUCUCUACUUCGACCAAACAAGCUCUUACAAGAUGGCCUUUGCUUCUCGUGGUUGUUACAAAUGUGGUCAGCCCGGCCACAUGGCUGCUGCCUGCACUGCUGAGCAGCCCACUUGCUACCGAUGCGGUGGUCAAGGUCACAUCUCCAACGCCUGCGGCAUGGCAGCUCCCCCUCGCACCUGCCAUUCUUGCGGUCAAGAAGGCCACAUCGCCCGUGAAUGCCCCCAGGGAGGACAAGGCGGUUACGGCGCUUUCGGCGGCUUCUCUGGCACGUGCCACCAAUGCCAGCAGCCGGGCCACCGAGCUCGUGACUGCCCUCAGGGUGGUGCCGGCCAGGGAGGCUUCGGCGGAGGGUAUGGAGGCGGAUUCGGAGGAGGCAUGAAGUGCUUCAACUGUGGCCAGAUGGGCCACAAGUCCGCUGCCUGCGGCCAGCCUCAACGCAAGGCUUGCUACGUGUGCCAGGAAGAAGGCGAGCAUACGGCGAGGAGCUGGACACUUGAGUAGAAGUUGUAGGCUGACCCAACGCUUCCCCACCUUCGCAAAUCUCUGCCUUCCCACCUCACUCCAAAUCCGGCAACGACACGUGAGCAGGCCAUCUCGCCCGAGACUGCCCUAGCCAGGGCGGCGCCGCUGGCGGCUUCGGUCAGCAGCAGUAAGCGCUG